UGGGGACCACUACCUUGAGGGAUCUGGCCGGCGUUCAGCAGCAUCUCCAUCUUGAGUCCCCAGCUGUUCCUUGGCCAUCUGCAAGCAGAGUCUGUUUUGGGGCGGGGUGCCUUCUCCAGCAUGGUAGCCACCCUCUUCUCUGCCUCGGCGACUCUCAAAGAACGUUCCUGUCCUUCUCUUUAGGGAAGUGUUCAAAGCCAAGCACCGUCAGACCGGCAAAAAGGUGGCCCUGAAAAAAGUCUUGAUGGAGAAUGAGAAAGAGGGGUUUCCGAUCACGGCCCUCCGGGAGAUUAAAAUCCUCCAGCUGCUGAAGCACGAAAACGUGGUGAAUCUCAUUGAGAUCUGCCGGACCAAAGCUUCCCCUUACAACCGCUGCAAAGGCAGCAUUUACUUGGUCUUUGACUUCUGCGAGCACGACCUCGCCGGCCUCCUCAGCAACGCGCACGUCAAGUUCACCCUCUCCGAGAUCAAGAAGGUGAUGCAGAUGCUCCUGAAUGGCCUCUACUACAUUCACCGGAACAAGAUCCUGCACCGGGACAUGAAGGCCGCUAAUGUUCUCAUCACGCGCGACGGCGUCCUCAAGCUGGCCGACUUCGGUUUGGCUCGGGCGUUCAGCCUGGCCAAAAACAGCCAGCCCAACCGCUACACCAACCGAGUGGUGACCUUGUGGUAUCGACCUCCCGAACUGCUUCUCGGGGAGCGAGAUUACGGACCACCCAUUGAUCUGUGGGGCGCAGGGUGCAUUAUGGCCGAGAUGUGGACUCGGAGCCCCAUCAUGCAGGGAAAUACGGAACAGCACCAGCUCACCCUCAUCAGCCAGCUCUGCGGAUCCAUCACCUCUGACGUCUGGCCCAACGUGGAUAAAUAUGAGCUCUACCAGAAGCUGGACCUGCCCAAGGGGCAGAAGCGCAAGGUGAAGGAGCGGCUAAAGGCUUACGUCAAAGACCCCUAUGCUCUGGAUCUCAUAGACAAACUGCUGGUUCUGGAUCCGGCCCAAAGGAUAGACAGCGACGAUGCUUUAAACCACGAUUUUUUCUGGUCGGACCCGAUGCCCUCUGACCUCAAGAACAUGCUGUCCACUCAUAACCAAUCCAUGUUCGAGUACUUGGCUCCGCCCAGGAGGAGGGGCGGGCACAUGCCCCAGCAGCCAGCCAAUCAGUGCAGGAACCCGGCUGCGAGCAAUCAGACUGAGUUUGACCGAGUGUUCUGAUACCAGUUUGGAAGAAAGAAAACAAAAUAUUAUUUUUUAAAGUACUGUGACUUUUUUUUAAAGCCCUUUAUUUUGUAUGGAACAAUGGAAAACACUGAGUUUUGGCCAUUUUUUUAAAAAAAAAAUUCCUUGUGAAACAGGAGACGCGAGCGAUUUUGUGACAGCUGCAUAGCGAGAUAAAAAAGCAGAGAAAAAGGCAACAAAAUUAUGCUGAAUUCUGCACGGUCAUAGAGUCUCAAUGUAUUGCAUUUCUCCCCUUGCAACAUGCUGCCUUCCAAGGUCCUGAGAUAAUCUCGUGUGACCCUCAGAGAGCCAGGGAAAUUGUUUUCACUUCCUUAAAAGGAGAAAUGGCUUUCCGUUUGUGGGUCACCCACUCCGGAGCCCCGGAGGGCUCUGUUCAAAGAGGGUGAGCCUCCAAGCAGAUGGCAACAGCUGAGUGAUUCUCCAGCUUUUGCAGAUAGAGAGAGAAUCCUUUUCAGGGUUAGAUGAGAACAGCAGGUACGACCACUCGGUUCUUGAGCCAUUGUGGGCUAUCUAAACCUCUCGUCCCCUGUUUUUACAUCCUUUUUUUGCUGGUGGCCCGAUGCUAUUCAAAAAGCUCUGCUCCAAGCCUUUUGCGUGGCUUCUGCAUUUUGAAAAAGAAGAUCAACAUAAUCUUGAUGGAACUGCCAGCGAACGCUCAUUCUCUUGACUCUAGAAAACAUGGAAAGGAUUUUGGUUUUUCUUUUUCUACUUUUCUUUGUUAAGACCUGGAAGAUCUGGGUCUCGGCGACAGAACUGUCUAUGAUUAAAAUCUUAUCAUGUUCUUGUCUAAAAAGAAAAAAACGGUACUAUGAUGAAUGGUGUAACCUGUAAUUAAAGGUAUUUUUGCUUUAGUACCUCAAA